AUGGGGAAGCAGUGUAGCAUGGCAACCGAAGGAGGCGAGAACGAGGAGCGUGGAAACUGGGCUGGAAGAUUAGACUUCAUAUUGUCACUGAUUGGUUAUUCAGUGGGCCUGUCCAACUUGUGGCGUUUUCCCUCUCUGUGCUACAGGAACGGGGGCGGUGCGUUCCUUAUACCGUACCUCAUUGCCAUGGUGAUUUGUGGUAUGCCUUUCUUUUUUAUGGAGUUAGCAUGGGGUCAGUUUUGCAGUGAAGGGCCAAUAACAGCCUGGAAACUGUGUCCUUUGUUCAGAGGUGUUGGUUUUAUAAUGGUUAUAAUAUCAUCUAUCACGAUAGUCUACUAUAACAUUGUCAUCGGCUAUUCUGUGUUAUAUCUCUUUUCUUCAUUUACUUCAAGUGUACCAUGGUCAGGGUGCGAUAAUUGGUGGAACACCAAUGCUUGUACGCUUCGUGAAUCUGGAGUUAACGAUAUAUUUACCGACAAUACACUUGACAUUACUAAUACAAGUGAAGCUCUGAACUUGACAUUGGCAGUGCGUGUCAGCCCCGCUCAACAGUAUUGGGAAAACUAUGUCCUGAAUAUCAGCGACGGUAUUGACAAUCUUGGUAGCGUACAGUGGAAACUUGUACUGUGUUUGUUGUUAUCAUGGAUUGUGGUUGUUCUAUGUCUUAUCAAAGGAGUGCUAACUUCUGGACGGGUGGUCUAUUUCACCGCAACAUUUCCCUAUUUUGUCAUCACAAUAUUGUUGAUUCGUGGAGUCACCUUACCAGGUUCGGCAAAUGGGCUCAUGUAUUUCCUUAUUCCAAAGUGGGAAGCGUUAUUGAUACCAAAGGUAUGGAGCGAUGCAUUCACUCAGAUCUUCUACUCUCUGGGACCAGGUUGGGGAGCCUUACUCACUAUGGCAAGUUACAACAGAUUCCAUCAUAACUUUUUAAAGGAUGCUCUUAUUGUUCCUUUGGUAAACAGUGGUACUAGCAUAUAUGGCGGAUUAGCAAUAUUUUCAAUCAUUGGAUUCAUGGCUCAUGAUCAAGACCAACCUAUUGAUAAAGUUGUUACGUCAGGUCCUGGUUUGGUGUUUGUAGCAUACCCAGAAGCUUUGGCUCGUAUACCGCUAGCUCCGUUAUGGUCAAUUCUUUUCUUCUUUAUGUUGAUUACGUUAGGACUUGACAGCCAGUUUGGUUUGGUGGAAGGUAUAGCCAGUGGGAUAAUGGAUUCAUUUCCUGACUUAUUUCGAAAACAGAAGACACUUCUCAUAAUAUGCAUUUGCAGUGUCUCUUUCUUGCUUGGGUUGCCGUUGGUUACUAAGGGCGGCAUAUAUAUAUUCACCCUACUGGAUUGGUAUACUGGACUCUUGUCUGUUUUUGUUAUAGCUUUGUUUGAAUCCUUGGUGAUUGGAUGGAUAUACGGAGCCAAUCAGUUCUAUGAUGACAUAGCUAUGAUGUUAGGAUCUCGUCCUAGUCCCUGGUGGAUGAUAUGUUGGAUGGUUAUAAGCCCGUUGGCCAUAAUGUUUAUCGCUAUGAUGUCGUACAUUAAUUAUGUACCAGUGUACUACGAUGGCUAUGUAUAUCCAAAGUCAGCGGAAGUUAUUGGAUUGGUGAUAAUGAUUUCACCAACACUCAUGAUUCCAUUAAUGAUGGCAUAUGAAUACUGUGUAAAUGGCCGAGGCAAUGACGUCUUAGAGCGUAUGCAGGCACUGCUCAAACCGACAGCCGACUGGGGUCCUGCUUUACCCAAAUAUCGUUAUGGUGAUUAUUAUGUUGAACUUGACGGCAAGUCGACAGCUAACUACCCAAUGACUGAAUUCACGACGGAGAGAGCCAACUGUGAAAUGCCAUCAGAAUUCAAUGACAAUUCUUCUUAUCCUACUAAACCCAUCUACUAA